GAGCUGGUGACAAGGGCCAACAAGAGUGAGGCUGAGAGUUAUUCACACCAAAAAACUUGAGAGAAAAACAUAGAGUUUCUUGUGAGAUCUAAACACGUUGAGCGAUUCUGGUUCUUAUUCUUUAGAAAUUCUUCCCCAUUUUUCUGUUGCACCCCGCUUCUCUGAAUCCCUUUCUGUUAAUCAUCUGUCUUUUGAAAAAAAAAAUCUAAUUUUUGGGUUUGUUUUUCAAUUCUUAACAAUGGUUAGAAAGCAAACUUAGACAAAGGAUUUCUUUAAAAGCCAGGUGUUUUCAGAAUCGAGAUCCAGUUUUUUUUUACAAGUUCCCAUAUUUUCUAUUUCCAAGCUAAAUUUUAGAUUUUUUUCUCUUUUUUUUUUCUGUAGAUAAAAUCAGCUUAGAGGGUGAUUUUUGGUCCCUCAAAGUUUGAUAUUUUAGGCUAUAUUGGAUUUCAAGGGGUUCUGUAUUUAAAAAAAAAAACCCUCCUUAAUCCUUUCUGGGUUUUAAAAUCUGUUCUUAAGUUUUGUUAAGAAGCAGGUUUCUUUUUGUUUUUAAUUUUGGUCUGUAAUUUUUACAAGUUUCAAUCUAUUUUUGUUUUUAGAGAGAUGGCAGCUGCAAUGGAUUUAUAUAGUAGCAGAGCUGUUCAAUCUGAUCUGUAUGGGGGAGAGUUGAUGGAAGCACUUGAACCUUUUAUGAAAAGUGUUUCCGCCUCUUCUUCUUCUUCUUCUUCUCCUUCCUGCUCUUCUUUUUCUUCUCCUUGUCUUCCUUCUACUUCUUACUUUUCUUUCUCUUCUCCCCAAACACAACCCGGUUUUUACCCAGAUGGUUGUGGUUACUCCACAACAAUUGACCCAUUUUCAGGUCUCCAACAGCAACAAUAUCCUCAACCUUGUUCAACAAUUGGGCUAAACAGCUUAACCCAAGCUCAGAUCCACCAGAUCCAGGCACAAUUCCACCUCCAAAACAAUCAACCUAGCUACCUUUACCAAAAGCCCCAUCUCAACAACAACAACAGUAACAGCAAUCAUAUGCUCAGCUUUCUUAGCCCCAAACCCAUCCCAAUGAAACAGAUGGGUUCACCAUCAAAACCCACCAAGCUUUACAGAGGAGUUAGGCAACGUCACUGGGGAAAAUGGGUCGCUGAGAUCCGGCUACCUAGAAACCGGACACGUCUUUGGUUAGGCACCUUUGACACAGCUGAGGAAGCAGCCUUGGCUUAUGACAAAGCAGCCUAUAAACUUAGAGGUGACUUUGCGAGACUCAACUUCCCUAACCUUCGCCAUCAAGGUUCCCACAUCGGAGGCGAUUUUGGUGAAUACAAGCCUUUACAUUCCUCUGUCGACGCUAAGCUUCAAGCCAUUUGUGAAAGCAUGGAACAAAAUCAAAAGCAAGGAAACAAGAAAAAAUCGUCAAAGGAGACAGCUGAGAACAAAAGCAAGAACAAUAAAGACCAAGUAGCAGUGCCUGAACCUGAGGAAAAGACGGUGAAGGUGGAGAACUCCUCCUCAUCUUUGUCUCCGGUUCUAUCGGAGAGUGAGGGGUCAACAGAAUCUUCACCUUUAUCAGGUCUUAAAUUCUCGGAUUUCAUCGAACAGCCAUGGCCUGAAGUUGGUUCUUCCGAAACUUUUAUGUUGUCGAAAUACCCAUCUUAUGAGAUUGAUUGGGAUUCUAUUCUAAAAGCCUGAGAAAAAAAAAACAUUCAUUUGUUGUAACAGUCCCUUUGUUGUUAGGGUUCUUAUCUUUUCUGUAAGCUCACUGCAAUGGAGUUUUUGGCAUUGCAGCGGCAGGUUUUCUAAGUUAUUACGAGUCUGUUUAUGGGUAGGGUUCAUAGCAUUAAUUGUGUAAGCCUUGUGUUUAUAAGAAUUUGAGAUCUUCUCCAUGGUUGGGUCAGCUCGUUUUUUCUUGCUGGACCAAGGGAGAAAUUUGUUAGUGUCUGUAAAAGUUCAUAGCAUUUGUAAUUUAAUCUAUUAAUGUUAUUAAUGGUCAUUUUAUGUGUUCCUAUCA